CAUCUAUAUAGCACUCGAAGGGCUCCACCUGCAGCAAGAACGAGUAAACAGAACUAUAGUACCACCCGGUGGCCCCGGCGCCUCGGUGAGCCAUCCUCGCCGGGAGCCGUCUCGUAGAAGCGGCCGAUAAUUAGAAGCAUAAACGGUGCGGUCCCUUGUCGGCCUUUAUAGCACAAGGGGCCCUAUGGUCGGCCAUCGAUCCUGACGCGCAGCAUCACGGCCGCUCUGCUCCGGAGGCUGCGCUAGCUCUCGUUGCCCACUGUCCUUAUCGGUGCAACGGGCCGAGUGCGUUGGCGUGGAAGCGGCACACGGCUUUGACGCGCCGGCUCGUCGCCCGGCUGCCUCGUAAUGGACUCGCCCGCCACGCUUUCGCGCUGCGCACGCGGCCUGCCUGCCGGCACCGGGCCGUGGCCUCGCGAGGAACCUGCGGGCCACCACGACCACCGGCAACUUUUCGGUCAUAUGUUUGUGAGAGCUCCGGACCACACCGGAGCGACACCAUAUCGACACCUUGGCGAGCGACAGCUCAAUCUGGUCGUGGCUUCGGAUGCAGGGAGCUUUGAAGGAAGUCCGUAGCUGUGCUUCACGAGGACUCGGCAAAAAAAACAGAUCACGGAACAGCGACGGUGAACAACGGGUGUAGGAACUGCACCGGUGCACUUCCGUCGGCACUGCACCAUGGACCCGGCCUGCGGGUUGACCCGGAGACCCGCGGCUUUCCAGCGAGCCUUGACCCAGACUGAUAGCGGGGCCCCAUCCGGCGCCACUCCUCUGCGGUCGGCGUGACUUGCUUGACUCAGCGGCCGAGGAAGUGGGAGCCCGAGCGAGUGCGACACAACGGCGCCCAGAUUGCAGCCCGCCGUCGAAUUAAUAGGGCCGUGGAGGGGACCGACCGGAAGCCGUGAAGCUGCCAGAUUAUUGCCCGCUUCCCGUCGCUCAAGAUCGCAGUCGGCUCCAAGCGCCGCCCAAGCUCGCGCAGGCGUCGCGCGGCACUUGUGCGACCUGUGUCGACACGGUCUGACGCGACCGCAGAGGCUGCGACAACAGCGCGGAUCCGCACUUCCGCCGGUACCGCAUUGGGACACCAGCCACAAUGAGGUCACGACCUGACAAGCUGUCAAUCGCCGCCAGCACUCCGGGACCGCCGGCUUGUGCGCAGGACUAGCCGCCUGUCUUCGUCGUGUCGUGUCCGAAGCGAACUCUUUACUUCGUUCUUAGGCCUCUUCUACGCAGAAGGGCUUCCUCGAGAUGCUUUACCUGAGCGACUGACGACGUGCUGACUGGGAACAAACGUUUUCAGCGUCACCCUUCUUGUGGUCCUCUCUCCGCCGUCCGCCAUCUGCUUGUGCGUAGUGUGUAACUUAUCUUGCCCGGCUGCAGUAUUGUCGAAGGCCCACUUAAUAUGGCCGCGAAAUACGGGAGCACCUGAAUGUGAUACAAGAAAACAGAGCCAAGAAACCCUAACGUUUCGGCUUUUUGUUCGCGCUUUGUUUUAAUUAUCUCUGUAGAUCGACCUGGACAAAGGCAGGGUAGCUUGUUCGGUUAGUUUGUCACUCGCUGUGCAGUCAAAGCAUUUCAUAUUUAAGUAACGGCUGCUGUUUCGUAAAAUGCAGUGCACGUAUGCGUGCUGAGCAUUACACAAGUGAUUGUCCGGCGGAUUCUGUUCGAAGCACGUUCAGUAACGCUUUGAGUAGGUCGUCUCUUCCCAUACACACUGUAUUACGAAGGAGCGCGCCACUCGCUCACAAGCACUUGCACAAGACUCGAGACCCCGGUAUGCCCUAGCCAUGGAUCUGUAUCUCAACGACAGUGUCUUCGGCAGCAAUGGCACGGGAGCCGAAGGCGUGUCUCUUGUCAACCUCAGCUCAGACGACAUCAUGACAGAGAACAUGUACAUCCUGCCGUGGUGGGGCCAGGCGGCCUGGACUUUGCUCUUCGGGAGCAUGGUUCUCGUGGCCACAGGAGGCAACCUGAUCGUUAUCUGGAUAGUGCUGGCGCACAAACGCAUGCGCACGGUCACAAACUACUUCAUUGUCAAUUUGAGCUUAGCGGACACGAUGGUGUCAACAUUGAAUGUCAUAUUCAACUUUAUCUACAUGCUAAACGGGGACUGGCCGUUCGGAACAGCCUACUGCAAGGUCUCCAACUUCAUUGCCAUCGUGUCUGUGGCAGCCAGCGUGUUCACCCUAAUGGCCAUCUGCAUUGACAGGUACAUGGCGAUCAUGCGUCCACUGCGGCCUCGGAUGUCCAGGGCGACGACGCUGAACAUCGCCAUCUGGAUCUGGGUGGCGAGCAGCCUGCUCUCGCUGCCCAACAUACUCUACUCGAACACCAAGGCAGAGAUCUUCGCCAACGGCGACUCUCGCGUCAUAUGCUACGUCUUCUGGACCGACGGUGACGUCACCGAGAGCCACGACGAAUACGUGUACAACGUGGUGAUCCUGAUUGUGACCUACAUUAUACCGGUAACAUCGAUGGCCUUCACCUACUUCCGCGUUGGCCGUGAGCUGUGGGGAAGCCAAAGCAUUGGCGAGUGCACAGCCAAGCAGAUCGAAGCCAUCAAGUCGAAAAGAAAGAUUGUGAAGAUGAUGAUCGUGGUGGUGGUAAUUUUCGCCGUGUGCUGGCUGCCGUACCACGUGUACUUCCUGGCGACACACCACCACCCGGAGAUCACUCAGUCUGACUACAUCCAGCACGUCUACCUGGCCAUCUACUGGCUCGCCAUGUCCAACUCCAUGUACAACCCCAUCAUCUAUUGCUGGAUGAACAGCAGGUUCCGCGAGGGAUUCAAGCGUGUCUUCUGUUGCCUGGCCUUCAGCGACAAGGAGACCGCGCAGCUGCGUCAGCACAUGGCGGCCACACGCUACUCGUGCUCGGAGCCGUACGCCGACACUCGGGUCACGUUCAACGGGACCGCCACGGCCGUCCCGCUGCACACGCUCACCGAGACCAUGAGCGCAGGAAACCUGACCGGCGCCGGUCCGGCAAAGUUCAGGGGCUGCGGCUCGGACGUGUGACGAAAACUGCCGCCGGCCCGGUCGGCCCGGCUCGGCCCGCACGCCAAUGCGGCGGCGCACGCCAUCUGAGUCCGCGGCGAACACCCUCUCCGCAAAACGCUGCUCGGACGCGCACAAAGCGCUCGCCUUUACCGCGCGAACAUGAGGGGGGCCUGUUCCGCCCCUGCGGGCUUGCGCCAACACUCGAUGCGUCGAGCACCUGUCCAAAUUAACCUCCCCCCUCUUUUAUUUUUGUUCGUCUUCUUUGGUAUUUUAUUGCUAGUUUCGUCGCUGUUAUUGUACUUCACUCCCAUCGGACUGCUUCGCGGCAAAUAGGUCUGAGGGCAUAUAAGAAUGGCCGAACCGACCUGAAGCAGAGGUCCUGUGACGUCGGAUUUUGACGACGCAGGCCACAGCGCCGAGGAUGCCAGAAAAGGAUGUGCCGACCUCUUUCUUCCUAGAGACGGGAAAGACGCCGUGAAUGGCGUCGGCUGCGCAUAGCGAGAACAAAAAACAGAACAAGCAAAGCAAAAUUGUUAAAUUAUCAUACUUUCUUACAUAUCUUCUUUUUUGGCGGUGUCGAACUUGCCUGUUCGUUAUCUCCUCCCUACGUUAUGAUGUGAUAAAUACUUAUUAAUAACAAGGUGGAGACGGCAGUCCACAGUUGCGCAGCAAGGGGAACACCGGCCGGUCUCUAUACAUGCGCGUUAUGACGGUCUCCAUUCGUAACGUACACCAGAGUCGGCGAAUGGCGGCGAUCGCGAACAAGCCACGGGCAUGGGCACGAGGAGCUGUUGUGCUGAUGUGUCGGCUCGGCUGUUGUGCUAAUGGUGUCGCUGUGUGAACUUCCCGUUUCAUUGUUGUCCGUUACUCAUAAGGACGGUGUAAUGCAUUUCCUUAAGCGUUUCCCAAGGAUGUUGAAUAACGUGUCCCCAAGUAACAAACCCCACGGAAUGCACGGUACGCAUUAAACGGACUGCAAAAUCAGGAUGUUGAUUCAUUUCAUUUGGUGCACCGCAGCAGCCCAUAUAAGAACGAUGAUACGAGGAACUCCACGUAGGAGAAGCCCGGGUAAUAAUUUCGCGCUAUGGCAAUUUGUGCAGGUAAAUUAUGUGCUCUAAAAGCGAUGGUUGUUCUUCAACAGUGAUCGCAAAACGACAAUCACUGUUGUUCAACAUCGACCGCAAAAAGGAGAUAAUAAUAAUAAGAAUAAGAAUAACUAUGGGCUAUAAGCUUCCGCAUUUCCUCCAAUAAUGGUCAUUGCUUCCCGUAAAACCAAGGUGGCUUUUCGACGAUAGAAUGUAAACUACCAAGGUUGCAGAAAAGCUGGGCUGCCAUCAUCCUAAAGAAAUAACGCUUUCGCUGUGGGUUUUCUUCAAUCAGGAACGCUCAUAAUGCAGGGCUCACUUUCAGAGGAGUGCGAACACAAGUGCUAAGGCACUCGCAAAACUAUAUGUCAGCUCGUUGAAAUGCCGGAUUCUUGUUCAUUAUUUUUUCUUAUUUUCUAGCAAAUUCUUUUUACCAUUUGAUGCCAGGCAGCCUUCUUGAGGCCAUCAAACCUAAUUACACGGCGUACGCCUACCAUUCGCAUCCAACACACGCGUUUGCUUUGCACUUUUUGUUUCAGUGCUUGCAAAAGGCGUAUGUAAUAACGGCAGAUAAUUUUAAUUGAGAUCAUUAUGAAAUGUUGCUGCUUGCUGGAGCAUCGUAACGAAGGUUUGACAUUUAAAAGAAAGAUAGUAGUCCUAAGAAGCCACUGCGAAUCGUGCCCGUAUUUAACACCUGUGCUAGCGGCCUAAAAUUACUGUAUCGUCAAAGUUAAAAGGAAGCAAAUAUUCGUGUGUGUGUGU